UCAGCAAAAUGGCUGUCAUGUUGUCAAGUUCGCCAAGAGUCGUUCCUUUAAACUACGACCCUGCAUUCAAAGUUGAUGUUAGAUUACAUGAUCCAUUAUGGGAAGGUGCAGUAACAAAAUCUCGUGUAGCUAUUGAUGUUAUGGUGCUUUGUACUCGUCUUGAACCAUUGUGUCAAAAAGAACUUCAAGAGUCAAGUAAAGCAAGUGAAAGUGUUAGAAGGAAAAGAAAGUACAGUAAUACCUUUGAUGCCCAAGCAAUGGUUAUCAUGAAUAAAAUGAUGGAAUGUGUUCAAAAUCUACCAAACCCAGCACCAUCAUUGCAGGAUUUUUUAGAAGAAACUGCUUUGUGUGUGUUAUUCCCAAGAGUUGCAUCAUAUGUGAUGAGUCCUCACAACUUUAUCUUCCAGUCACAGCAAAAGACACCAAUGGAUGACUAUUUCAAUCAUGUUGCUACUUUGAAUCAGUCUGUAGCACUAUGCAAUCUACUCAAUACAGAUGUGUAUAAUUUACAUAAUCAUAAAUACAUUGCGCACCAGAUAGCUUUACUUUAUCAAUCCUUGAAUCAGAUGGGAAAUCAGAAAGUCUUAAUAGAUUUCAAAACCAAUAUAGAAACAAGUUUCAAGAAAGUUAAAGCUGGCUUAGAUAAAAAGAACCCAGAAGAUCCACCUGUUCUUCCAGAUGAACAAAAACAGUGGUAUGUGUAG